AUGCAGCCGCCCAAGCCGCCCAAGGGCCCGCCAUCCUCCAAGGCAGUCCGCGCCGAGGAGAUCCGGGCCUCCCUUGAGGCCCUCGACGCCAACGCCAGACGGGUGGCGGCGACGACGGCCACCGAGAAGGAUCUGGACAUGAUGAUGACCAAUAUGGAGACCGAGUCCACCCCGGCCAUGGAGCAGAUGGUCGGCCAGAGCAUCGCCCGCGCGCCGGACUUCUCCCGUCACGUCGCCGGCGAUGUACCGCCUGGAGGAGGGGGCCCCGGAGGAGGUCCUCCCGGCCGUGUGCUGCCACCGCUGUCAAGGAAAGAGGUGUGGGUUGCCAAGAUCGAAAGUGUCCUCGCCGGCGAGCUUGUUGACCUGAAAGGUUACGAUGCGUAUGUUGCCGCGACACGACAGAGAUAUCUUGCCCAGUUGGAGAUGGCGCAACGUGAAGCAUGA